AACAUAACAUUUCCCAUAAACCAACUCAAUGGCGGCGCCCUUAGAUACAUCCGGUGGAUAAAAUAUCAACAAAAAAUGAAUCCUGAGCGAAAAAGAAGAAGCCGUGUCCAGGGAGGCUGGGCUGCUCCAACGAAUGUUAAGUCAGAUAGAAAUAAACCGAAAGCAGGUGUUAGUCCAGCUUGGACGGGUAAAACAGUAGACCAACCCACAGAAAGGAAAUUUGUUUUUGAAGAACCCGAGGAAGAGCUAAAACAGAAGCCAGCAGAAAAAGUAAUUACAAAACCAGGUGUCUAUGAUAUCAGCACUGAGCCUUCUGGAGUUUCAAGGUUAAGAUAUUUCCCAGAGUUUAUCGAGUCAAAGGAAGCAGAUGAGUUGUACAACCGUCUGUUCCAUGAUUUACCAUGGCGACAGAGAUCAGACGUGAAGAAUGGUGUCUCUUACCUCCAGCCCAGACUUACCACCUGGUACGGUGAUCUACCCUAUUCUUACUCGGGGGUUACACACCCAGCCAGUGUAGAGUGGGACCCGACAUUGCUGAUGUUGAGGGAGAGGCUGGACUCAGUGUUAGGCCUCCAAUUUAAUUCUGUGCUAACCAACCUGUACAGAGACGGCCAUGAACAUGUCGCCUGGCAUUCGGAUGAUGAGCGGUCACUUGGGCCCCAGCCAACCAUAGCUUCACUCUCAUUCGGCGACACACGAAACUUUGAGUUACGGAAAAAACCUGAAACUGGGAUUGAUUACUCCAAUAGUGAGCAAGUAUCUAUUCCCCUCACACACGGUUCACUACUGAUCAUGGAAGGCAGUGCCCAGGAAGACUGGCAGCAUCGAAUACCGAGAGAAUACCAUGACAGAGAUCCGAGAAUCAACCUAACAUUUCGAGUGAUUCUCCCAGACUGAAAAACCACUCCGACUUCUUCAACUUUCUGUGAUGACAUUGAUAUAUACAGUGUAACACCAAAUGACAUUGAUUAAUUCAUUUAUAUGUCAGAAAAUUUGUUUCCCAGAUUUGGGUCACUGCUGGAAAAGUGCUUGAAUUUUGUUCUGUAUGAUCCAUGUUACUUUAAGAUCAGAAUCAUUACUUCACUAAUCUGGAAGAUAAGGUUUGUCCAGAUAUUUUUUCUGGAAAAUUAAAUAUUUUCAGAUUAACACAAGAGUCAAUUUUACACAUUAAAUUUCCAUGAACAUGUAACAUGAGCAUUUUAGACAGUGAGUGACCUAUCUGUAAUGCUUGCAGUAUUAUUAACUGAUUUUAGCCUUACUGAGGUGAGAAUGUUUAAUAUAUAACCCUACCAUUUUGAUAAGAAUUGUAGGUAUAAAAAUAGUGCAAUUACUACCCUGGAUUGUUUCUGUUUUGUUGGCGUCAUGAACUCAAUUUUAUUGUUUGAAGGCAUGCGAAAUAUUAUUUCUAUUUCUUACUCAGUAAUUAUGUAUUUUCGUACACAAUAAUUCUGUGCUUAUUUGUUUGAAAUCAUAUAAGUAUAAAUUUUUCUCUUUUUUUUUUUCUUUUUUUUUCUGUAAAUGAUGACUGUCCUAAAUUAUCGCUCUGCUUUUGAUUUUGUUGAAGUUUUGAUUCAAAAUCUUUUGGACUGGAUGAUACACUUUUUAUCCGGGGCUUUCAUGGAGUGAAGAAUGUUUAGAAGUUUUGUACAAACUUAUCAUUGAUCUGAAGUCUAACCUGUUGACCAGAACAAGUUAAAGAAAUCUCAUUUUAAGGAUGAUUUUGCUGUAGAAAUCCUAGGGGCUUGACACGUCCCCAUGGCCCAAAAUGAAAUAUUCAUUCACGGUGUCAAGCCCCUGUUGUAGAAAUCUUAACAGAAAUGUCACCAUAAAAAUGAUUUUACAGUCAAUAUCACAGGAGCUUGACACAUUCCUAACACCCAGAAUGAAAUAUUUAAUCAGGGGGUUAGAUGCAGUAUUUUAUUCUGGGACAUGGGAAUGUGCCAAGCCCCUGUGGUAGAAAUCUUUACAGAAAUAACACUAUCAUGUUAUAGGUAGCAGUAAUGAAAAAGAUGUCUUUGUUAGUCAUCUGACACCUAAUCUAAGACCAAUUCCAGAGCAUUUGUAGAAUUUUUAUGGUUAGUUCAAUAAUGAUGUGUCAAGUGGGUGGGAUUUGAAAUUCAUAUUAUAAUAUUUUUAAUGUGAUAUUUUAAAGUUAUUACUGAUAUUGUAUCCUCCACUGUAUAAAUACAUAUCCCCCUUCCUCCCCCGCAAAAAUGAAAUGCGUACAUAUAUACCAGUAUAUUGUUGUGUAACUCUAACUCGGUGCUGGUAACUGUUGUUUUAUUAUAAUUUAUGAAAUUAAUUUGUUUCCUUAAUAAAUUAUAAGUUCUAAAGAAGU